AUGUUUUUCUUUAUUACCGCAGUCUCAUCUGUUAUUUUCAGUGUUGACUUUGGUAGUGACAAUAUCAAACUUGGUAUUGCACGUUAUGGUCGAAUCGAAACUGCAUUAAAUCAACAAUCUAAACGUUAUACACCAUCUUACUUCGCUCUCUACAACAUGUCAAACAAGCAAAAGACUAAUUUUCCAACACACUGGGAGAAAAACGACACACGCCAGCUUGAAUGGCUCUUUUCUUACGACGCACAAAAUCAUUACAAGAGAUUUCCACAAAAUGUUAUCAAAGGCAUGCCACGUCUUCUUGAGAACCAUCUUGGCAUGACAGGCCGUGAAAUUAUGGCUUUAAUUCUCAAACAACUCAUUUCAACUUCUGCAGACGGCCGUUUCCCAUUUGAACAGUCCACUGUCGUUCUUGCUGUCGAGCCAUGGAUGACACGUCGUGAGCGCCAAGCAAUUCGCGAAGCCAUUUCGAUCGGCGGAUCAACUUUAGCCGGAAUCAUUGAUUCUCCACAAGCAGCAUCCAUUACAUACGGUCUUGAGCGUCAAUCAUUCUACUACAACAGCUCAAGAACUGUUGCUUUCCUAGAUCUUGGUCAAUCUCACACCUGGGUCUCCAUCUUCAAUUUCACAUCGAACGGCACUAAUCUUCACAAUGUACAGCUCAGUAUGUCCUCGAACAUGACCCUUGGCGGCUAUUUGGUCGAUGACAAACUCGCAAAUCUUUUCAUUUCCGAGUUCAAACGCCAAUACAACAUCAAAGACAAAUUACCUAAGAAAGUCGAGAUCAAAUUUUACGAAGAGGCACGUCGUGUCAAAGAGCGCUUGACACUUUCCCUUACAACAACCGCAAACAUUGAAGAUGUCUACGAAGACUAUUCAUUUUCAAUGGAAGUAACAAGAGAAACCCUUAAUUCUCUUCUUACUGAUGUUGGUGAAUCCCUUUGCCGCCUCCUCGAUGAAUCAUUGCUCAUGGCGAACAUCAGUAAAUCACAACUCGACUCCAUCGAAUUACUCGGCGGAACAACUCGUGUUCCUUUCUUCAAUGAAACAAUAAUUAAUUGGUCGGGUAUGGAGAAACUCAACAGAACAAUGAACAGUGAUGAAGCUAUUGCUAUUGGUGCAUGCUACGCAGGUGCUGCAACAUCAUCAGCAUUCAUUAUCCAGAAAGUUAAUUCUAAAUUGUUCUCAAACGUUGAUGUUUUCUUUAGAGAUAAUGAUAGAUCCAAGGAAUACAAAGUUUACGGAAAACAGGAUUUGAAUGAACAUGUUUUCUUCAAUUUCAGUGUCUCCGAAAUGCCUCUCAACAUAACUGUUUAUGUUGCUGAUGAUGGCGAUUUCUUAACAUACGAAAUCGUGAAACCAAACAUUACAGAAAUUUUAGAAAAAUUAAAUCGUCAAAACGUGACAUCUGAAAACGUGACAGUUGAAAACGUGACAGUCGAAAACGUGACAUCAAAUGAGACUUUGACAGAAGAAAAUCUUACUGUUGUUUAUGAAUUUGGAUUUGAUCAAAUUGGUGCUCCAGCACUUUGGGAUGCAAGAAUCAAUGGAAUACAAUUAGAUGCAAAUGUAAAAACAGCAAAUUGGAUGUUGACAAGAGAUGAGAUCAGUAAUUCAUCAUCAUUCUUGAGAAAGAUGGGCCAUGUUAUUAAAAAACGUAUUGAUCUUUUAAGACUACUUAAUGAUCACGAGAGUUUGAUAUUUAAGAUAAGAGAUCGUCUUGAAAGUGACAGCGAAUUCAUUGAAGUAACAACAGAAGAAGAAAGAGAAAACAUUUCAAGAGAAGUAGAUAUCCAUGUCUCUUGGAAAGAAAAUGAAACAGAAACAAAGACAAGAAAGAUUGUUCUUGACAAAGUCAGACAAUUGGAAUCAUUAACUGAUGAUGCUGAUGAUAGAAUAUUCGAGAGAAAGAACAGACCACAAGCAAUUAUUAAUCUUAAUAACACAUUGAAUGAAACUAAAUAUUCUCUUGAAGAUUUACCUGUAAGCAAACCAUGGCUUUCAGGAGAGAAUAUCAGUUCUCUCCAGGAAAUCUAUAAUUCAACAUUAGAAUGGUUCGAAGAGAAACUGAAAUUGAUCAGUUCUGAGAAUGUUACAUCGAAUCCUGUUGUUCAUACAAGUGAAAUAAAUCGUAGAAGAUAUUCACUUGAAGACAAAUUGCAGAAGAUUAAGGACAUUCCAAAGCCAAAGCCUGUUUCUAAUAGUACAAACACAACAGCAACAAAUGAAACAUUCAUUGAUAGCGAGUUCUGGAAUGCUUCAUUCCUUAACACUUCUCUUUUCUAUGACAAUGUAACUAGUCCAGAUAUGAAUGCAACAAAUGUAAAUGAAACAGAAAUAAACCAAACUGUUCCAACAAAUGAAACAGUAACAAACACAACAGAAGAAGUCAACCAGACAAUCACAACAGAACAAACAAAUACAACAACAUCAUCACAAGAUAACAGUGAACAAACAAAGCAAAUUCAAGAUGAAUUAUAA